AUGGGGAAAUUAAAGGAAGUAAGUGAGGCAGUGUCACAUGCUUCAAAAAUUAUCAAAUACAUAUAUAAUUAUUGUUUUGCAUUGUAUUUGAUAAGACAAAAUACAGGUGGAAAAGAAAUACUCCGUCCUGCUCCAACCCGCUUUGCUACUAAUUUCAUUGCAUUGCAAAGUAUUCUAUCUCAUAAAGAUGCACUAAGAGCCAUGGUAACAUCCAAAGAUGUCAAGGAAAAGCAAUUUGUGGAACAAGUCUUAGACUCAAGCUUUUGGUCUACAUGUGCUGACAUCGUGAAAAUUACAGAACCUCUUGUACGUGUGUUGCGUAUUGUUGAUAGUGAAGAUAAACCAGCUAUGGGAUAUCUCUACCGAGCUAUGUAUAAAGCAAGAGAGGAGAUUGAGAAGAGGUUUAGAAGAAAUAAGCUGAAAGUAGAGCCUUAUUUGAAGAUCUUGGAUAAUCGUUGGGAUGCACAACUUCGGAAAAAUCUUCAUGCUGCUGGUUAUUGGUUAAAUCCAUUUUGUAAAUUUGAUCCAGAAUAUGAAAAAACAAGUCCACCACCCAAGGCCUUUUGGAUGUCAUUGAAAAGUAGUUUUGGAAGGACAACGGCCGUAGAAAACCGAGAUGAAGUUUUGCUAGAUCAAUGGUGGGACACUUAUAGAACUGAAGCGCCCAAUUUGCAAAAGCUGGCUAUUCGGAUUUUGAGUCAAACUUGUAGUGCAUCUGGUUGUGAACGAAAUUGGAGUGUGUUUGAACACAUUCAUUCAAAAAAGAGAAAUAGGUUGGAGCAUCAAAAGCUUAACGAUCUCGUUUGUGUUCGUUACAAUUUACGGCUACAAAAUAGAACCAAGAAGAAACAAAAUUAUGAUCCUAUUAAUUUUGAAACACUUGGUGAUCAUUCUAAUUGGGUGUUGGAGGAUUCACCACCAUUCUUGACCAUUGAGGAGGUGAAAGCAUUACGCAAAGAUCUUGCUAGUAUGACAAUCCAACCUAUUUCAAAUGAUAUUGAUGAAUUAAAUUUGGAUGAGGUUGAUGUUGAGGGAGAUGCACAACUUAACUCCGGAGAAAACAACCAAAGUAAUGAUAUCAUUGAUGGGGAAGAUGUUGCAAAUGAGAUUGAUUUUGCCGGAGAUGGUUUUGAUAUUGAAGGAGAUCCCAACAUUGAAAUAAUUUUACCUCCUUGGAACUAA